AUGUAUUCCAAGAUUUCAAACAGAUUCCAAGGAUCUAACAAUUCCAAACCAAAAUUGACCGCUAAAGAGUUUUGCAAACUCGAUAGCACAGCAAAGAAAACGAAACAUACUUCCGUGGAUUAUUUCACAAACACCAAACUGGCGCUAGAAAAAUCAGCCAAGAGCUUCACCAAAAACAAACCACAGGUCCAUCAAGUUCGUCAAUUUAUUGAUUCUGCUACUGCUACUUCCAUCACCAAUUUAAAAGGUUCAGAAAUUAAGUCACCUCCUGUUGAAUCACCUGCUAUUGAAACAACUUCAUGA